AUGGAAAGUCUAUUUACAAAAGUGCAGAAGACCAAAUUUGAUAAGAAUGGGAACUCUGACAAAUUAACCAAUUAUGACAAUUCCAUGGAAAGUCUAUUUACCAAAAUGCAGAAGACCAGAUUUCCCCACUAUUCUGAUGACUUGUCCACCAAUUAUGACACUUCUAUGGAAAGUCUUUUUACAAAUGUGAGAGAUAUUCAUGGUAAUGACCAUGACUACUUCCACCAUAAUGGUCGUCAUCAUCCUCAUCAUCAACAUCAUCAUAAUGGUCAUCAUUAUGAUGACAAAUCAACGAAUUAUGACAGUUCCAUGGAAAGUCUCUUUCCCGAAAGGAGAGAUUUUCAUGGUGAUUAUGAGGAUACUAUAUCCACAGACACUUACUCACAAAAAGGUGGAUACGUCGACAAACAUAACUACAAUUUUGGCGAAGAUUUCUACCAUGUAAUGUACAAAAAUAAUGGACAUGAACAGACAAAGGCAAAGGCCAAAACAGGAAUACAUUUACCCAUGUUAGAUGAAUAUUCCAUAGAGGAACAUGAAUAUUAUAACAAUUCUAAAAAUGGUAGAAGAAUUAAUAGUAUAAAGCAGAAAAUAUACAGGAAUAUGCCUUUUAUACGCAAGUUUUUUAACAAAAUCGAUGCCAAGCUCGAAUCAGAAAUUAGACGUUAUUUGGACAUCAAGGAGGCGGAAAAACACAAUUAUUCCGUUAGAAAAUUAAAGGGGACAGAAAAAUUAUUUUAUUUUCUCAGCAAAUACAGAGUGUUUGUCCCUCUUGUUGUGAUUGGAAUACUUUCCUCCAUACUUAUAGUGUUCAUAGUAAUAACGGAAUUCUCUGGCACAUUCUCCUCACUUCCCCUUUUUGCCGGCUUCAGUGGGUCCGUAGGAUCAUUUACCUCUAUAGUACUUCUUUUCAUAUCUUAUUUACUGCCCUUUAUGUUCGUUGCUUUGGCCAUUGGUGCAUAUGAUCUUUUGGUAUUGUACUAUGCGCGCAAAUUAGACAAAAUGAGACGCUCAAGAAAAUAUAUAAAAAAAUUAAGUGCCAUGAGGAACAAGGACGACUAA